GCUAGUUUUUCACAGCUGCCGUUUGCCGGACUCCCUAUUCAUACCUGUACGUUUUGAUUGUACCUCGAAAACUAUCUGUCUUCUAAGCGUUCGAAUUACGGAGACAUAACACAAAUGAUUAACGCCAACAGAUCAACGUAUCUAACCUGAAUAAUAUGCUUAAUCAGCGAAGGUUGUUUUGGGCUUAACUUCUCUAGUGCUGCACUGACAACUUUACAGCAAUCCUGAACACCUGUGUUGGAAAUUUGUGAUGUGAAAACAUGCCUCUGAUAAUAAAUGGAAACUCUGUUGGACAAGUUCCAAAAUCUCUCCAGGAAUUCUUUGACAGAUAUGAUUUCAAGGACUCCUCCCAACACCUGUGCUGUCAGUCCAAUAAGAUGUAUACACAGGAUGAGGGCAUUUUGUAUGUCGGUCAGCGAGAGAUGGCAGCCACUACUCCCGAGGAUGGAGUUUUCAACUUUCUGGGUACGGAGGAUGCCACAACAUGUCACAUGGUCGUCCUACGCCAUACAGAAUCGGGAGCUGUCUGUCUUGCACACUUUGAUGGCUCUGGCAUACAGAAGGCAGCCAAGGAUAUGAUCAGACUGGUGAAAGGAAUGGCGCACAGCAGUGGGAGACUGCAGCUUCACCUGAUAGGAGGGUUUUGUGAUGAUAGUAGCACUUCUGCUGAGCUAUCAAUCAAAACACUAGAGGCGUUCCAUGACAAUGAGGAUGAUAUCCACUUAGAAACCUGCUGUAUCACCGAUUUGAAUAGUAUCAAGAAGAAGGAUAUCCCGUUUCCCAAUAUAUAUGGCAUCGCUGUAGAUAUUAAAACAGGGGAGAUAUCUAGGGCAAGCUUCGCUGAUCAUGGUCCAGACCAACCAUUGAGAAGUGCUCGACACUUUACAGGAUCUGAAGAGGUUAUCAAUAUAUACGACCCAAAGCGUAACAUACUGACUAUUGGUCCCUUCAACUAUUCGACUAUGGACGAAAUUGAUCUUCUGUGUGGACUACCCAAAAACUUCAUUCGAGAGCACCUGUCAACCUCCCCAGCACAGGAGCCGGCUCACUUUGAGGACCAUGUGCGGGCAGCCUUGUUGCAGAUUAAGGAGCACCCUCAGCCUAUGAAAACAAUCUUCAAGGACGAAAAGCCUCGCUGUUACAAACUGGAGAACAAGAAGUGGAAACCGGUGUCAGACUCGUGAUAGGAAAUGAGUGUGUGGAUGUAUUAUUGAGAACGAACUUUAUCAUAACCAUUGUAAUCUAGAACUAACGAGUUGUCUACCUUGAUCUGUAAUAGUGCGAAAAUGGUCAUUAUUUAUUGAACAAACUUUUCUCAAAAGAGACAUACUCUUAUAGUAUUGUUUUAGCAUUUAUCAUCUUUUAGUGCAUUUUUCACUUAUUCAAAUGCACAAAAUUAUGUUAUCACUAAAUCUUAAUUCACUUUUCCUUCUUGAUAGCUGUAGGGGUAAAUUAUGAUAACCGUAAAACUUUAAAAAAAAAUGCUGUUGAUAAUCCGAAAUAUUAGUGAACUUUUAUAUGUAUUGUCACAGUGGGAAACUAUCUAGUUGCUUGUUAUAGGCAUGGUUUAUCUUAAGCUCAAUCAGUUGAGCACAUGAAUAGAAGCCUGGUGGGUUCACCUCCUUGCAGCAGGAGGCAUGUGGAAAAAGUUACCUUUGUUACUUUGACGCCUGCUAGAGACAUGGGUAUUGUGUAUGAUCAUCUCCUCAACUUUGCUGUCACAAAAAUGGUCCUACUUAAAGAAGCCUUCAGAAUGAGGUCUUUCCUUAGAGAAAGAGUAUGUCACAUUAGUGAACUUUCCAUUUGCUUGUAACUGAAUUUGCUUAAAUCGGUCAAAAAAUUGACUAGAUAAUCAGAAGACCCAGGUUUGACUCCUAGUGGAGGCAUUUGGAGAAGGUGACAUUUGUUGCAGUAUGUAUACUGGGCCGCUUUCGUUUAUCACGAUCCAAAGGGUUGAACCGGUUGGAUCAGAGUUGUUUGUUUAUGAAAUAAGUUCGGACCUACAUUGUGGUAAUCUGAUGCUGCUUUCAGGGGAGCCUUGACAAAGCCUUGCAAGGCCUGUAGAAAAGUUUGCAGGUCCACAAAGAUUUAUACCCAAAAUUGUUAUAUUUUUAAACGGACAAACGGGUUGCUCUGCAUCAGGCCCAGGAAUGUCAUUUUGGAAUAGUCUCCCCUCCUCCAAGGGUUCUAAAAAAAAAAAUCUUUUGCAGAGAUGUAAGCUUGACAUAGGGAGGAGAGUCCCAGAAAAUGCUCAUCCCUCCCCGCUGCUCCCCCCAAAAAAAUCGUGUUAAUGUCUGGAAAUCAAAUUGUCUGGGUUAAAUGUCCUCUGUAUAAAUAUAUAUAAUAACAUCACCUAUGCAAUGUUGUUUAUGGUAUGACAAAGAUAUAUUAUGAAGUGUAAAUGAUCACAUAUUAUUUUGAAUGUUUUAUGUAACAGCAUAGUUACAUGUAUAUAUAAUUAUGAUAAGUUUUGAGUUACUGAAAAUUUUGAAUUGUACAUUACCUCCAUUUAUUUAAUUUAUCCUAUUUUUUUCUGCUGAUGAAUCAAUAUUUUCACUCUAAAUUAUUUUUCCUUGUUUUUUUCAUAUAAUAUGGCCAGCAUUGAUUUCGCCCACGUAUACUUACCAUUAUUAACUGCUAUAUGUACACUGUUUAUAAUACUGUUCACCUUGUUUUGAAUGAAGUCUCUUGUUGAAAGGUAAAAAAAAAAAGAUAAAAAUAAAACAAGGCCUUUAUGUUUUGCGUCACUCAUCCAUACUGCAGCUUGAUACAUCAUGCUGAUUGUAAGUUACAACUAGUUGUGUGACAAAAGAAUUAGUUUUCAUUAGCGUAGCUUCUUUCAAAAAAGUUCUUUUUUUUUCAUGACAGCUGAAUGUAUGUUAUAGCCUAAACCGUCUUGGUUGAUUUUAACAAUAUUUAUUUAAUUGUUACGUUUUCCUGUAAAUAUAUUAACAAUCAAAAUAUUUUGUUAUGUGUGCUGUUCAAGCCUAAGUCUUAACAUUUAUUAUGUGACUCUUCUCUUUUAACUCAUGACAGUGUGAUGAUCAAGUGUAAUAGAAGGAAAUGUUAAGAAGAUUUGAUGGUUCGAUGGUGAAACCUUUUAGACCAUGAUAAGUGACGAAGAAAAAUGGGUAUAAACCCGUUUUUUUUUCUUUUAUCACAUGUUUUGAAAUGUUUGACCCUUUACGCAAUCAUUGUUUUCUGGCUUGAAAAGAUCAAAGGUUUUAUGUUGUUGAUUUCUCAUUUUAUUUCUUUGUUGUUUAUGAAUCAAUUUAAAACAUCAAAAACGUCCCAGCCAGAUUGACAGUAAACAGAGUUUUUUUUUCUUGUAAAACCAUUUGCUCCUAGUUUUAUCUUGAUACAAAUCAAAAUAUCAAAAACCCGUCCUAGUUAUCCCCCACCCCAUUCUACUGCAAUAUCUGCAGUUAACAGAAGGUAAACUUUCUAUAUAAAACAAAGCUGUAUGUGAUGAGGCAAAACAACAAUUUGUUUCAGGUACCCCGACCAACCCUAGCAAUUUUAUCUCACUCAAAAGUACUCCAAGUGUUGGGAUAAGUUGUCCACUGGAUGCAAACAAACUGAUUGACAAGGCAACUAUAUAUAUACCCGCUCUACUUCAUAGGCAGGCAUCAAAACCAAAUUUAAAUCCCAUAUUAUUAUUUAAAAGACCUAAAAAUAUGUUUGGUAAUUUUUGUUAUUUCUUAAAUCACCCCACAAAAAAGGGGGGAAAAGAUAAUGAUAUAAAAAUCAAUCCCGACCAUACCUGAGACAUAUAUUUACAUAGUUUUUUUGGCCUAAGGAAAUAAAGACAUAGAAAUCUUGUCCCAGUUACACAUGGUUGGUAGUAUUUUGGUAGUGUUGAUUGAGCUUGCUAUCUCUGAUCCUUGAACCAAGCUGUGGGUGAUCAUUAUACAAAUAUAUAACAAUUGUUGUGAACUAAAUAAAUAAUGAAAAAAAAACCAGUCUUUUUGCUUUUAUAUU